UGACAGCAAAUUAUCAGCCUGGCAACUGUACAAUGUGUCUCUCACAUGUACAAUCUGUAGCCCAGAGCUGCAACUCAAACGUUCCAACGUGAGCCAGACUUGUGGUGCUGCAGUUUUCUGCUGGGCACCGGGCUACAUUGUUAAUGAUUUCCCAAAAGUCGAAACGGAUUAUUACUGAAGUGGACAAAGUAAUCGUGGGGCCAUGCCAGUCGCAUGCGUUCUCUGUCGUUAGCAUGUUGAACUAUCCUGUGCUAGCUAACUCGCUCUAGGAUGGUUGUAAUGUAAGUUAGCUAGUUACAUUGUAUGUCAGUGACUUAAGUAGCCAACCCGCUAACGAAAGUUAUUAAAAUAUUGGAAUGCUUGUCAUAGAAAUCGCAAAGAUAUGUGGUCUGUAAGCUAGCUAGAAAGUGACCUAUCAAGUCAAUGCCACACACCUCUGUGUUGCAACCUUUACGAAUUGUUGUUGGCUUAACGAAAGUCGAAGGAGGUUUUGUAAGGAAGGCUGCCACGGCGCGAUCUAAGCGGGGAAGGUAGCCGAGGUAUCUCAGUUUACAAGUACCACAGGACAAGACACUGGAUUGAUGACUGGAAUCAUUUGUAACAUUCAGUGGACAUUUGCGUCUGUAGGAUUUGUGUGAAGAGCUUAUCAGAGAACGUGUCAGCUAAGUGGGGAUGGCGAAACCUGAGUCGAAAAGAGGUGCCAUGGCCUUUGUGGCCGGAAGACCUGCUGCAACACCGGAGGACCAGGUCAACAACGGGUCACUUGAUCCGUCACCGUCCUCCGGUUCUCACGACGCAUCACAUACCCCAGUGCCAGCCAGCAAGUCUAAAUCUGGUAAACAGACGUCUAAGGAAAACCUGUCGCGGCGGACAACCGAGAGUGAAGUAUUCGACGACGGGACCAACACAUUUUUCUGGAGAGCACACACAGUCACGGUGCUGUUCAUCCUCACCUGUGCCCUUGUGUACGUCACACUGCUGGAGGAGACACCACAGGACACGGCGUACAACACCAAAAGGGGGAUUAUUGCCAGCAUUCUGGUGUUCCUCUGUUUUGGAGUGACCCAAGCCAAGGAUGGACCCUUCACCAGACCACACCCAGCCUACUGGCGGUUCUGGCUGUGCGUCACGGUGGUCUAUGAACUCUUCCUCAUCUUUAUCCUUUUUCAGACGGUGCACGACGGACGGCAGUUCAUGAAGUACAUCGAUCCCAAGCUGGGCGUGCCUUUGCCGGAGAGGGACUAUGGCGGCAACUGCCAUGUCUAUGAUCCGGACAACACCACCGACCCCUUCCACAACCUCUGGGACAAGAUGGAUGGCUUCGUUCCGGCACAUUUCCUUGGCUGGUACAUUAAGACCCUGAUGAUCCGAGACUGGUGGAUGUGCAUGAUCAUCAGUGUCAUGUUUGAGUUCCUGGAGUACAGCUUGGAGCAUCAGCUGCCCAACUUCUCUGAAUGCUGGUGGGAUCAUUGGAUAAUGGAUGUGUUGGUGUGCAAUGGCCUGGGAAUCUACUGUGGGAUGAAAACGCUGGGCUGGCUCUCUAUGAAGCCAUACCAGUGGCAGGGACUGUGGAACAUCCCCACAUACAAAGGGAAGAUCAAGCGUAUAGCCUUUCAGUUCACACCCUACAGCUGGGUAAAAUUUGAGUGGAAGCCUGCAUCAAACCUUCGUCGCUGGCUAGCAGUACUUGGCAUCAUUUUCAUGUUCCUGCUGGCCGAGCUCAACACCUUCUACCUGAAGUUCGUGCUGUGGAUGCCUCCGGAGCACUACCUGGUGUUGCUGCGCCUCGUGUUCUUCGUCAACGUGGGUGGGGUGGCCAUGAGGGAGAUCUACGACUUCAUGGAUGACCCGAAGUUCCAUAAAAAGCUGGGCCAGCAGGCAUGGCUGGUGGCGGCCAUCACUGUCACUGAGUUCCUCAUUGUGGUGAAGUACGACCUCCACACCAUCACACUUCCCAUCCCCUUCAUCGUCACGCAGUGUUGGAUUCUGGGGAUUGUCAUCAUCUUCACCUGGACACUGUGGCGCUUCUUUAUCCGGUAA